AUGCUUUUCGGGCUUCUUCCCCUCGUCCUCCCAGCGACGGCCUAUACACCCGUCAUCGUGGUUGAAACAAGCGAAGUAACCGUAACCCCAACCGACGUCGUCGUCAAAACCGCGACUUCUACGCCGACAGAUGAGCCCGCUCUGCCUACUGCUACCUCGGAGGGGAUCCUUACGGUCUCUUUAUUAUAUCCAAGCUGGCUCAAAUCAAUCCUGGCAACGGCGAUCCCGAGCACCUGGGAAGAGAGGCUCAAGACGGACGCGGCGUUUGAGGAAGCUGAAUACGAGAGGGAGAGUGAGGGGAUAAUGCCGGCCUGGUAUUCUCGUCUGCCUAGUGAUGCCAAAUACGCUUUGUCCAGCGAGAAGGCUGUCGAGCCUUCUGAAAUCGUCGCGUUGGAUUUGAGUCUCCUUGCCCAAGCAACCGAGGUUACUACUACUGCUUCCCCAUCUGUCACCUCCUCGUCAACAACUGUGAUUACGGGGUCGAAAAUCGCGGGGACGUCGACGUCCACUGGUGGCGCGCCUGGUGCUACUGGAGGGCUUGUUGCGGGUAUUGCAGGUGCUGCUGGUAUCCUUGGGCUCGCUCUUGCGUUGUAA